UCAGGGAUAGGACUGAACACCAAAAUGGGCAAAAUCAUCUUCUACGAGGACAAGAACUUCCAGGGUCGCUCCUAUGAGACCAGCAGCGACUGCGCUGAGCUGACUUCUUAUCUGAGCCGCUGCAACUCCUGCAGGGUGGAGAGCGGCUGCUUCAUGGUCUACGAACGUCCAAACUACAUGGGCCACCAGAUGCUGGCGAGGAGGGGAGAGUACCCCGACAACCAGCGCCUGAUGGGAAUGACCAUGAGUGACUGCAUCCGUUCCAGCCGCAUGAUCCCCACGCACAGAGGUCCAUUCAGGAUGAGGAUCUACGAGAGGGAGAACUUCAGAGGCCAGAUGAAUGAGGUGAUGGACGACUGCGACUCCAUCCAGGAUCGCCUCCGCAUGUCCGACUGCCAGUCUGCCAACGUGAUGGACGGCCACUGGCUGAUGUACGAGCAGCCCCAGUACAGAGGCAGGAUGCUCUACCUGAGGCCCGGCGAGUACAGGAGCAUGAGAGACAUGGGAACGGGUCCCAUGGACAUGAGGAUCGGAUCCAUGCGGCGUAUCAUGGACUCCUGUUAAAGAACAGAACGGGCUCGAGACGUGAAAUUGUAAUCAACUAAAUAUUAACACAGAUUUACUAUUAUUAUUGAGUUAAGGGAGGAAAUUUGGGCACAAAAUUUGAUUAAAAAAUUGCAUGAAUUAUCAACUGUUCUGGUACGUCACAGGACAGUUUGGGCUGUAGUGAAUGCUGUUAUUUUAAUAACUGUAUCCCACAGCCGGGUCUUCAGAGACUUCUUCUACCUAUGAAAUGUAUUAUGUCAUAUAUGA